AUGUCCCAGAAAUUGAUAAUACCCAGGCUUAAUUAUGCCUCGAACUUCAAUUUCUUCUUUAAAAAUACCACCAAAAACUUACUGAAACAACAAAAUUUCAUUGGAAAUCAGUAUUUGACUUCAACUUAUAGAAAAUUGAUAACAGGUACCCCUGCUAGGCAUAAAAAUCAUUCAGAUUCGACAUUUGUUCAAUUUCAAAAUCAAAAUCAAAACCCAAAUCAUCCUUCAUUAUCCUCAAAAACCUCCAAUGAAUCACUUUCUAAUCCAGAAAAUGGUACGAUUUUGCAAAACGUUGCCACUAAAGUCCUCAACUGUCAAGAUCUGGAUGCCCCUCUGGGCCAAAGAAUAUCUACUUCGGACAAUGGCCAAGUCAAAAGCACGUCAACCCCCAUUCCAGAUACAAAUGCCCAAUCUAAUCAUAUCCCUUUUGCGGUUAAACCAAAAUGUAAAUCCACCUCAGCUUCAUCCAAAACGGAUCUUCGGGCUUUGAUAAAUCCUUACAUUAAACUUACUAAACCAAAUUUAACGGUUUUAGUUACCUUAAGUUGUAUCUGUUCCUAUUCACUUUCUCCUUUAACUGUUUCAUUACCUCAAUUAGCGUUCUUAACUCUUGGUACCGCCCUUUGUUCGGGAGCUGCAAAUGCUAUUAAUAUGGGUAGGGAACCGGAGUUUGAUAAACAUAUGGCUAGAACCUCCUUAAGACCCGUUGUUCGUGGUAUAGUCACCCCGAAGCAAUCAUAUCAGUUUGCAGCGGCCACUGGUACAAUAGGUUGUCUGAUGUUAUAUUGGGGGGUUAAUCCAACCGUUUCUCUUUUGGGUGCUUUGAAUAUUGUUUUAUAUUCUUGGAUUUAUACUUCUCUUAAGAGAAAAUCAAUCAUUAACACUUGGGUUGGUGCCAUAGUUGGUGCCAUUCCUCCUCUUAUGGGUUGGGCAGCUUCAUCUCCAUUAUUACACCCCGGUGGUUUGUGUUUAGCCGGUUUAUUAUAUGCCUGGCAAUUUCCUCAUUUCAACGCUUUAUCUCAUAACGUUGCCGAUCAAUAUAAAGGUGCUGGAUAUUUCAUGACGGCUGCUGAAAAUCCAAGAUUAAAUGCUCGUGUCGCUUUACGUUAUUCUAUACUUAUGUUUCCUUUAUGCUUUGGUUUAAGUUAUUUCGGUGUAACCGAUUGGGUUUUCCAAAUAGACUCGGUAAUUGCCAAUAUUUGGUUAACUUAUUUGGCAUUCAACUUUUGGAAACAACAAGAGAAAAAUUACGCAAAUGGUGCCAAACCAACCGCUGAAGGCCUUCAAGCAGCUGGUUUCCAUGCUAAAAAAUUGUUUUGGUGCUCGGUAUGGCAAUUGCCCGCCAUUUUAAUCUUAGCAAUGCUACAUAAAAAGGGCCAAUGGGAUAGACUCUUCUAUUUCUUGGGUAUAAAAUCCCCUGAAAACUAUAGGGAUUCAACUUCGAAUCUUGAUACAAUUUAAUUUCCUUAAUGCUUGUAUAUACAUGUACUCUUAAUCAAAAAUCUUAUGUAUUAAAUUAUAAAUAUAUCAUUUUGGC